AUGGAUAUCUCCUCACUUGUUCGAGCUGUCAUCGCUGCUUUCGACGAUGCCACGAAACUGGUCCAGCGUAUCCGUGACCAGAGAAUGGACAGCGAUGGCAUGCACCUGCCCGAAGAAGCCACUCGCGACCUGUUGGAAUCUCUUGCCCUGGGGCCUAUCAUUGUCCGUGGCCACUUUGAGCAUGACAUCAAACGAUUCGGAGAGCCAUACGCCUGCGGUGAUAUACAAGCGAGGGAACAAUUGAAAGAUGUCUUGAUCAACUUACAAAUGUCUCUGAUAAUCAACUUGAGGACAGUCUAUAUGGAUGGGAUCGAACUUGAUUUCCUUGCGCUCCAAACGGCUUCGGACGAUUGUCGAGUCAAUGCUGGUGUCUGCCUGGGCCAAUUGUCCCAACGACUGUCGGACGCAAUGAAGGCACAGGCAUUCUACCCCCAAACAUUGUCCUAUUCGUCAUCCCCCGGAUUGCUGCCUCCUCUCUCUCCGUCCCUGGGUUAUUCGAGCAGUCGAAGCACUCACUCUUCUGCCGCCUUUCCUGCUCCUCGCACUCCUGACGCUGUGGCGGAGCAAUUUGGUCACCUUAGCAUGUCGCCAUCAUUCCGUCCGCCAGUUUCUGAAGAGCGAAAGUUGUCAGUUAGUUCUGGAGGCUCUCAAGAGCAGUAUUUACAUCUUCUCUCCGCCACCACGGCGGUCCAUCGGCCGGCCGCCGAGUUUCAUGUGAACGUACCCUCAGUUGGAGUUCAUAGGGUUGACGAAGCUGACACCAGGAGUUUGCGGCGAAGAUCAUCUCAAGCUUUGGCACCGGAUGACAACAUCUUGCUCAUGUUUCCUCAGCCCGGUGGUCAGCCCGUUUUGACACCCCCGGCAAGUGCACAAGAUAUUGAUCGAGAGUCAAAUAUCUCCACGGAUAAGAACAGCCACCCGCCUUCGUCACCUGAUCUCUCCCGAGCAUCUAGCGGCCAUCAAAGUCGGAGUUCAAGAGAUCGAUUUGGACCAGAUGAUUAUGGGGACCAUGUCGCCCGGGGAGAUGGUAGGCAAUUUAGCAAUGGUACCAUUUACGACAUGUACCAGCCGACAAGUCCAGAAAGGCAGGCUUCUGCCUCUUAUUCCUCGAGAGCACAAGCUUCCAACCACAGCAGCCUUGAGCACGUGCGAUACCUGCAAGAAAAUAGCAGGCCACCAAGACGAGAACCGAGAUCUGAUUCACUUGGCGUUGCAAAGACAGUGAAUCGACAAAUUCCUCGACGACCAAUUCGUUUCAAAACUGACACUAUUACAACGUUGCCGCGAGAAUUCCUGUCUCGUCCGUCUGUGUCUGGCCCCAUUCCGAUUGAGCCAGCUCGUACGCCGCCACCAACUGGCCCUCUCCCGCCGACCCCCGUUCAAUCCCAAACUCAAUCUGUGGCUCCCAAACUCCAAUUGCCCACACCCGGCCGUGCCCCUUCGGUCCAUACUUUGGCCUCGUCCACCGCUCCCUCGGUCACUCCCUUAAUAAACACUGGGCCCGUCGUCCUUCCUACUGAUAAAAACCUUCUCGGAUUCUGCAAAGGAGCGUUUCGCCUUCAAGCCGGCCUGGAGCGCAAGGCAUUCACCAUCGCCAAUCGCCCUCACGGCUUGUCUGGAAUGACUGCAUACUGGCGCUGCGAGAAGUGUAAUUUCGAGGGACCUGUCUAUAAUACGGUAAACACCUCCGACGACAAAAAGAAGAGGGGAAAGCCCGAGAGAAUCUUUGAUCCUAGAAUCCGUGUGUCGGAAGGCGGCGGUAUCAGAUAUCGUUGGGCUUUUCUGGCGAGAUGUCAUGUUUCAUUGAAGGGGAUAGCACUCGCCGAUACACCUUCUAGUAGGGACGGAAGUUUCGGAAGCUUUGGUUGCAUCUUUUGUUGUGUCGAGGGGAAAAGUCGGGGCUGGUUGGACUUGUCAAGGACCGCGAGUAAUGUUACCGGGUCAACUGCGAGUAUCAAAUCAGGGCAUGGGAACAAUAAUGCGACAAAGACGGAGGGCGUGGCGCAGGCGACGACACCUAUCUUUGGCAAUGUGAGCAGUUUCAUGCAACACCUUGAGAACGUCCACCGACACCAGGAUGGUUGGCCGAACGCCGAGAUGGUCGGUCGAUUCCGCGUCGUGGUGGAUAGGACCGCACCAGUAGAAGAGGCUGGAUGGGAGGUGAACUUUGUACCAUUUUGA